AUGUCCCAGUACGAACGAAUGAUGAAACAGAACCUCGUCAAAAAGACACUCCAGGAGAACCCCGGCAUCCUCAAUGGCAAAGGAACGAUGGAGAAACCGCAAACUAGCUUUUUGACGGUCGUGCUCCUUGUGGCAGCGUCCAGUUCCUUUACAAUGCUUCUAUACCUAGGAUCCAAGGUCUACAAGGUAUCGCUGUCCGAACUGGACAACGCGUCUCAGUGUGCGUUUUUGCCUCUUUGGCUCAGCUUCAAUUGGCCCUGGGACCGCAAAUUCGGCUUCCCGCUGUACCUCAGGUACUUUGAUCCCGAGUUCUACGAGUAUGUGGAGAGCAUCCCCAACUUCACGGAUGACCUACACCUGCAAAACGUCCAGUUUCUGGUUUUGGACGAGCUUUUCCGCCUGAAGCUCGUGAGGGACACGUUUGGCAUUCCGCUUUUGCUCAAAACGGAAGAUCUGGACUUCUUCGAUAGCUGGAUCGAGACCGAACACCCCACGAUCCACGGACCCAAGAUCACGAUAACGAAAUCCGACGGAAGAACGCAUCUUACGUGGCGCUGGGCGAUAUCUCCACUUCCCUGGUGGGGCGACAUUGACAAGGCACUUACGGCUUUUGGGUUCAAGCUAGAUCGGCUUGAUCCGAAUGAUGCAAUGAGGAAAACGUCUGAAAAGUCAAGUGGGCGUGUUCACGAGGUCACUUCAAGUGACGGGAAGCCAAAGAGAGUGGUGACUUCCGAUAAAGACUACAACAUCGUGUUUCUGGGUCUGUUCCACUUGAGCAACUCCUCUACAACCAAGGCCGGCAAGGUGAACUACACAGGCAUGAUUGACUUUGACCACAUGGGAAUCAACAAGGGUGCCCGGCUUACGCUGAUAGGGUUGAUCGUGAAGGAGGACGAGACCGAGGUAUGCUACAAGAUAGUGUGUUUCAGAAGCUCCCCUGCUGCUAUUUGCUGUUUGCGGUGUCUCAGUGUGGGCAUCCAAUGCUCCUUCGAGACAGCCUAUAGAUCGGCAAAUCCCGGAGUGAAAAUUGUCAAUGGAGUGCCCGAGCACUUGAGCGGGAACCAGACUGUGGAGGUUAUUCCUGGAAAUAACGACCAUUACAUUUCUAGGGUCGAUACGGAUCACAAUUCGUCCAAGAAACUCGACUUCUUAUGCGGGUCUGUAACCAGAAUUUUGGAGCUUCUCCAGGCGCAGAAUGGAGCUACACAAUCGCCAGGUCAGUCCAUUUUGAGCAGUGACGUGAAAUUGCUCCUUGAUGCAGCCUCGACGAUGAAAGAUCACCCUACUCCACAGACUUUCCCUGUCACACCUCAGGUGAUCCAGGAUUCGGUGACAGACGCCCUUGCAACGGACGUGCUGCAACAGGCUGAAGAAGAGCCUCCACAUAUUAUUCUAGGUCCGUCAAAAGGUUUUGAAACAUCUCCAUUUAGUUUGUUGGCAGACAACCCAGGAUCUGUGUCCAGGCCAGUGCAGAAUCUUCUCAAACUCAGAGCUUCACACGGUCAACCCGCAAUUGUGCUGAGUGAAGGUGAUAUUAUAGACGCUGGCGUGCUCACCAAAUACGAGGUUAUUGACCUUAUGAACGACUUCAGGAGUAACUACGGAAGAUGGGUCCUGUUUCCUAGCGAUAUGUCUACAGAGGACUUAAUAGACAGCGUCAGGAAAAAGUCUUCUCUUUUGAUAACGACGUGCUGCUGUUUGUCGUUGAGAUACUCCCUCAAUGGAAAGCCAAACCCUGGUGACGUUGAUAGCCACCGCAGAAAGAAAAUCACAUACAAAUUGUUGAUCCAGCAUUUGCUUCGAGACCUCAACAAGACGCUUCUCAAAGUCGCUUGUUUCCAGGGUUGUGGCGACUCAAAGGGCGAUAUCGAAGACCUCCAAGCCAUGGUUAUUCUCUCAAUCUACUCGAUGUCCUUGUCCUCAAUAGCUUGCAGCACCGUCGACGAUGACCCUCUUCUUGAUGAUGAGGUCAGCAUUAAAGAGCUCAAUAUGGACUCAUGGAGCCUUUCAGGCACCGCACUUACAACAUUCAUUUCCAAAUCCAACUUCGGAGUAUUGCUCCACAGAGCAGAAGACGAAACGCCUAACUUUACAUUCCUUUUCAACCAGUUCGAUUCUACCGAAUACCAGACUCUCACGAUGUACCGCAUCUACAACCACCUCAUUCUCAAUCACUUGGCAAGCUGUAUUUUCAGCGGAAGAAUGUGCAUUGUCGAUCAGAUCAGACUUAGCCACUGCAAUCUAGCCCUAAGCCUACCUAGCGCUACCAACUUCGAUGGCCGUAUGGUAAGUGAAAUUGGCAUUUUGUUGAUUACUUACAACUACAUCCAGCUCAGCUGCAAUGGUGCACUGGCAAAUGACCCAGAGCAAGUGGAGCUUGCUUUCAAGGGCGUGAAGGAGGAGAUCAAAGGAUGGUAUGAGCAAUGGGAGUAUUUAUUUUCCCAACCUGCGAUCUCGUUUGUUGAGUCCACACUUUCAUUUUGCCUCAUACUUGUGCAUCUCAGCUACACGCAAGAGAAGGUGGGGGCUUCUAAGAGACAGCCACCUUCACCAGCGAGUCUUCAAGACAGAUUAUUGACGUCACUCACAGACUGUGACAGAAAGUGCAUAAGCCAGAUCGUCUCGAGCGCCUACUACCUUGUUGAUUUUUCUAUAAAGAUCCAGAACGACUCGUACUAUGCGUACUUGUCGGACCAGAUCCACUUUUUCUUCUAUUUUGGUUGCGUCGUAUUGCUCAAGGGCCUCAGCCAUCUCAAAGCACACGACAAGCUUCACUAUUUGAACGAUCAAAACGAUCAAAAUGAGCUCAAGGAAUCGACAUGGAAAGAUGCGCUAACAGUCUUGUCGGCAUAA